UACAGAUGAAGGGGAGAGUGUCAGAGUGAACCCCGAGUUCACGGCCUGGCUACCUGCAAAGAUGGGCAGUAGGUGAGCUUUGGGGUAGGCCUCGGGGUCAACUCUUCAGGCCCCAGAUGUGUGUGUCCCCCCUGGUCUGUGGGAACCCCCUAGAGAAUGGGCAACCCUGACCUGUGGGACCAACCCUCUACGGAUCCCCUGGUGUGCAAGACCCCCUGGUCUGUGGACCCCUGGUGUCUGGACACCCUGCUCUGGGGGCCCUGCUGCAGGGCUGCUCUCUGAACCCCAGAGCCCUCACUGUGCCCCUUGCUUCGUGCCCACAGGGUGUUGGUUGGGGUGCCGUUGUUCCUCACCCUUGGCUGGGUUGCCCUCCCUGUGGAGGGGCUGGUCUGCCUGGGUGACUCCGGCCAUCCAGGCGCUGCUGCCGGGCCCGAGUCUGUCCCUUGGAGGACCCCGCGGGGGCUCCGCUCUACCACCGCCCCUAGCUGUCCCCUCUGCCAGGGCACCGCUGUUCCCUGGGGUUGGCCCCUGGCAUCUCUUCCCUGCUUGCCAUGCUCCUUUCAUUUGAGGCCCCUUUAUGGGGUGCCCUGAGUUGUAUGGACGGGCUCCUGGUACCCCCCCCCAGUGGCGGGGCAGUAAGUGGGCUGCCCUGAGACAGGGUGUUGUGUGCACAGGCUCAGUGUGAGCACAUGAGUUCAGUGCUCAGGGUUCUUAGCCUUUCGAAACGAAUGAACCAGAUACUGAUUUCAGCGUGGGGUCUGGCCUGGGGACUCAUGGUGAUGUUUGGUGACACACCAGCCUGUCACGACCCCAGGAGGGUCAGGGGUCAGCCUGGGCAGGGCCUUACCUCCCACACCUGUGCUCUGCAGACUUCCACAGAGGACUGGACGGUGACUAUUUUAGCUCUGGUGGUCAAGUGGCACCUGUCUCAGUGGCUCCACGGCCCCUGGAGCGGGAGGCAGAAGGGGUGGCCCACAGGCAAGCAUGUGGCCAUGCACCAUGACACCUGGCUUCUGGGACAGGUGGUGCUAAUUCGGCCCUAGGUCCAUGGGCUGGUGAGGGGGCCGAGCCCCUGGGAACCCUUUUUCCCAGUUAAGGGUAUGGUCCUGGGCUGCUUUCCCACCCCUGUCCCCCAAGUCUAGCCCAUCCUGGCAUGGACACCACAUGGUGCCCGUGUUUGGAGGCUGGCACAGGAGCGGUAAGAUACAUGUGCGGUGCUCAGCUGCCAUGCUGCAGGUGGCCAGCCCUUAAGGCGAUGACUGCUGCUGGCCUGCUGGGAUGUGGGGCAUGUGGCUGUGGGGGCCACAGUGGGUGCUGGUCAGCGGGGUGGAGGUCCUCCCAGUGAGCGAGCCAUGCAGUCACAUGCCCAGUGGAGGUGGGGAGGGGAGGCUGGAAGUGGGGCUCCCUGUGGCCGCCCCCUCACCCAGAGCAGAACCCUACCUGGAGGGAGCCAGGCCUCCUGCUGCUGCCCCAGGACAGGAUGCUUCCUUCCGGGCUGGUCCCUCCCUGCUCCUCCCUGGGUCAUUCAGGGUUACGGGUUACGGGUCAGCCCUCUGCACAAGCUGAGGGCAGGAGCGUCUGCCCAGUGGCAGGUGGCUGUGGCUCUGUGUUUGCUGGACUUCUGGGCACUGGAGAGAACAUGAGUGCCCCCCCCCCACCUGGCACCUUGACAGAUUCAGAGGAGUGGCCUCAAGUAGAGGGAGCUCAUCUUGAUCGGAUAAAGGAAAAAAUUGUUUCUUGAGUUAAAAAUUGGGAGGUGUCCACAUGACAGACAUGUCCCCAUGUUUGUUUUCAUCGACACAAUGACAGUAAGGACCUUCAGGGAGGCCGCAGCCCCUGCGCCAGCCCUGUCCACUUGGCCCUCCCUGCUGGCCAUGCAGCCACGCUUUCCAUGGGACCUGCACCCGUCCCCGGCCUGGCCACGUCCCUGGUGCUCUCCCAUCCCAGGGUGGGCAUGAGCCACGGGGCUGUGGUGCUCAGGACGUGCUGCAGGCGGUGAGGUCGUGGGGGUGUGCCCCUCUUAGCACCCCUGGAUUCUUGCUGAGAACAGUCAGUGGAGACAUCGUUUGGAAAUUGAAACAGAAAAGCUCAUUGAUUCCUCGCUCCAAUUAAAUUAGACGGGAAAGGGACGGUCCAGGUCUGGCCUCUUCGGCCUCCCAUCGGCUCCGCUGGCCCAGCCCAAGGAUGCCCCUGUCAAUGGCUGCCAUGGCCUGGCCCCAGCAGAGGGGGACACCGAGGCGAUGCAGCUGGGGCUGGGGCCCCCGCUGCCUCCCUGUGGGGACCAGCCCCUUGAGACUGCGGGCCCCGAGACACCCCCAGCCCUCGUGCCGCUGCUGGCCCCUGGAAGCUUGCCCCCGUUCCCACCGUACUUUGAAGGUGCCCCUUUCCCUCCCCCGCUCUGGCUGAGAAACACGUACCAGCAGUGGGUGCCGCAGCCACCACCCCGGACCAUCAAGAGGACUCGGCGACGCCUGACCCGCAACCGUGACCCGGGCCGGCUGGCCCUGAGCCCCAUCCGCCUGCGGCCGCGCCAAGUACUCUGCGAGAAGUGCAAGAGCACCCUGAGUCCCCCAGAGGCCAGCCCUGGGCCCCCGGCCCCCCGGCCACGCAGGAGCCCCGGCCCCCUCAGGGAGCCCGGCAGGCCUGAGGGCCCACAGGGCGGAGGCGACUUGGCGGCCGAGGCGGCUGCGAGCAGGGGCAAGAGGGACCGGCCGGCCGGGGACAGGGCCCGGGUGCCCAGGAGCCCAGCCAUCAAGAUCUCCUACAGCACCCCGCAGGGCACAGGCGAGGUGGUGGAGAUCCCCUCCCGUGUGCACGGCUCCCUGGAGCCCUUCUGUCCCCUGCAGGCCCUGCACAGCAGUGGCCAGGACCCUGUGGCCCCGAGGGACAGGCCACCCGGCGGGCCCUCUGCCUCCAUCCCAAAGCUGAAGCUGACGCGGCCUGGGCCUCCGGGUGCCGACCUGCCGCCCCCCAAGAUCCGCCUGAAACCCCGCCACCUGGGGACUGGUGAGCGGGAGCCGGUCUACAGGGCUGAGCUGGUGGAGGAGCUCAAUGGCCGCAGGCGAGGCCCCUGGGCCAGCUCACCCGGUGUCCUUGCCAAUGGCGUUCACAGCGGGCUGGUGGACUUGUCUUCUGGGAGUUCUGGCGAGGACGACAGCGUCAGGAGGUGCCCCCAGGGCACACGUGGGAGCGACAGCCUGGCUUUCCUCGCCACCUGCCCUCAGACAGAGAUGGAUCGUGCCAGCGAGUCGGUGUGGAGCAGCGACAGCCUCGACGAGUCCAGAUCGACCAGCUCAGAAGUCACAUCACCAGACACGUGUGACCUCUUGUCUGGUGACGGGGUGUCUGCUCCGUCCUUGUCCAGGGACGCCCAGCAGACAGUCCCGCCACUCACGGUCAGGCUGCACACGCAGAGCGUCUCCAAGUGUGUCACAGAAGAUGGAAGGACGGUGGCCGUGGGGGAUGUUGUGUGGGGCAAGAUCCAUGGUUUCCCUUGGUGGCCAGCGCGUGUCCUUGACAUCAGCCUCAGCCAGAAGGAGGACGGGGAGCCCUCUUGGCAAGAGGCAAAAGUCUCAUGGUUUGGUUCUCCAACUACAUCGUUCUUGUCUGUUUCAAAACUCUCCCCUUUCUCUGAAUUUUUCAAACUGAGAUUUAACCGUAAGAAGAGGGGGUUGUAUCGGAGAGCCAUCACAGAGGCCGCAGACGCCGUGCGACACGCGGCCCCGGAAAUAAGGCAGCUCUUAACCCAGUUUGAAACGUAAUGCAGUGCCUGAACCAGGUCACCGAUGAUGAGGGCAUGGCAGUUCUGGAGCUUCGGCUUGGGGGUGUCCUCUGAGCUGCCCGUUCCACGCAAGGGAUCCACAUGCCUUCUGGCCAGUUGUGUGCCAGGUGGGCAGACGCCAGGAGAGCAGCAGGUGUGCAUGGCGCCAAGGACAGAGCCCCAGGAGCCCGCAGCUGCCCUCUGCUGAAUGUGUUUAUUCUGACUCUGGCUUGUCUGGUUUGUGACGUUCCGGGAGUCCAGAGACAUAGUUGCUGCUUCCACGCCUACCAGGGGCACGGGCAGCCACUGGAGGUGGGCCCUGUGAGGAGCAGGGCCUGCAGCCUGGCAGCCAGUGUGCUGAGGGCGGCCAGCCCUUGCUGUCAGCUCAGGGCCACCCUGCAGGCUUGCAUGUGCAGGGUUCUUCCCACCCAGGCCCUCAGGCACGGGGUCUCUGUGCACUUGAGAAUUGGGGAGCCCACCCCUGCCUCCCCGCCACAUUCACCCCAGAGCUUGGGGCCCCCAGGUGCCCAGCACCCGUACUUGGGGCCACCCUGUCCCCAAAACACUGCUGGGAGUUACCUGUCCUGCGUGGGGGUGGGGCUGUCACUUAGAGACCGGACUUAAAUGCUGACAGGGAGAAGCCCCCCUCUGUCUUUUGUCAGAGCUGUUCCUUUUCCCCUUUUUGUCACUUUAAAGACCAAAAAGAUUCAGAAAGGAAAAGAAA